CAUCCGCAGCGGAGGCUGAGGCAGAGAGAGUUAGAGUGAGCAAACGGAAGCUUGAAGCGACAGUGUGCGAGCCUGAUUGAAAGCCGACCGGGGCUUUAAAGAAAGGAGCAGCAACUAGCCAUGUUGGCUUUUAUUUGCAAUCACUAGCCCUCGUGCUUCUGCUGCAUGCUGCAGCUUGCUUUGCGAAUGUUGCAGUGCAGGUCACCUCCUUCUCUUUUGGGAAAAAUGAGGAACCCCAGGGAGGUGUGAAUUUCUGGCACAAGUGCUCAGCACUGCGGCAUCUUGAUCCGAGCGAAGGAAUGUAGCAGAGAGGUUGGAGAAAGCCGAGAGGAUCAUCCAUCCAGACUUUGGUUCCCGACCAUCCGUCAGCCUGUGCGUGUCUCUCUUCCCUUCUUCUCCCUGUGCAUCUCUCCUGCUCUGUGUAUGGGAGGUGAGGCACUGGCAGGCUGUCAGUCAGCAUGCGGCGGUGUGAACGGGCAGCCCAGUGCCCACAACACGCUAUGGAUAUCAGACACUCCUCGCUGUACUAAUGAAAGGCUUCAAGCUCGCCUGCACUGCCAGUAACUCAAACAAGAGCACGCCCGCCUGCUCACCAGUCCUGCGUAAACGCUCGCGCUCUCCCACACCACAGAGCCAGGAGGGUGAGAACAUGGUGGAGAAGGGUUCAGACCACUCCUCUGACAAGUCCCCCUCCACGCCUGAGCAGGUUGUCCAGAGAACGUACUCUGUGCAGUCAGCACGAAGCGGGGGAAAGAACUCAAAGUCUCACAAGCGUCUUUCCAAAUAUGACAGGCUAAACCUGAUUAAAAAGAGCCAAAGCUGGUACAACCAUGAAAGACAACACAUCCUGAGAGUGCUGAGCCCGACAUACAAGCAGCGCAAUGAGGACUUUAGGAAACUCUUCAAGCAGCUCCCUGACACAGAGAGACUCAUUGUGGACUACUCCUGUGCUCUUCAGCGGGACAUCCUCCUGCAGGGACGACUCUACCUCUCUGAGAACUGGAUCUGUUUCUAUAGCAACAUCUUCCGCUGGGAAACGCUGCUGACGGUGCGGCUAAAGGACAUCUGCUCAAUGACAAAGGAGAAGACUGCCCGGCUCAUUCCCAAUGCCAUCCAGGUCUGCACGGACACUGAGAAGCACUUCUUCACCUCGUUCGGAGCCAGGGACAGGACGUACAUGAUGAUGUUUAGACUGUGGCAGAAUGCGCUGCUCGACAAGCCUCUGUGCCCCAAAGAGCUCUGGCACUUUGUUCAUCAGUGCUAUGGCAACGAGCUCGGCCUGACCAGUGACGACGAGGACUACGUUCCUCCCGAUGAUGACUUUAACACCAUGGGGUUCAGUGAGGAAAUUCCCAAUGAGGAGAACGAGAUCAACAAUGAUAACUUGUCCAAGAACAACGUAGAAGCCAAGCCUGAAGGGAGCCCUCCUCCUGUACAAAAGAAGCUCAUUCCAAACAGCACCAUCCCCACCCCUGGCAACCACGAUACCAUCACAUUUGACCUCCCAGCUGAGGAAUAUGCAGACUGCCUGCCAGAUGGUGAUCUGCUGGCUGUCCCUCUGGUGGUGGAGGAAAAGAAUGAGACCAGUGGGCCUGCUGGUCCUGUCCCAUCACCGUCACUGGACUUCAAUGACAAUGAAGACAUCCCCACUGAGCUCAGUGAUUCUUCAGAAACACACGACGAGGGAGAGGUACAAGCCUUCCAUGAGGAUCUCAAUGGCAGGCAGCAUAUCAAUGAGAUCUACAAGUUCAGUGUGGACAAGCUGUAUGACAUCCUUUUCACAGAGUCUCAGUUCAUGAGUGAUUUCAUGGAGCAGAGGCGAUUCUCAGAUAUAGUGUACCAUCCAUGGAAGAAGGAGGAAGAUGGGAACCAGACCAGAGAAAUCAUGUACACCAUCUCUCUGUCCAACCCCCUGGCUCCCAAAACAGCCACAGUCACUGAGACACAGACUCUAUACAAAGCCAGUCAGGAGAGUGAGUGUUACAUCAUUGAUGCUGAGGUCAUCACACACGACGUCCCCUAUCAUGACUACUUCUACACUCUCAACCGCUACAUGCUCACGAGGGUGGCCAAGAACAAGUGUCGGUUACGGAUAUCAACAGAGCUGCGUUACAGGAAACAGCCAUGGGGGCUGGUAAAAGGCUUCAUAGAGAAGAACUUCUGGAGUGGGCUUGAAGAAAACUUCCGCCAUCUUGAGUUGGAGCUAUCCAAACUGGAGGAGAUACUCAUGGAGACUCACCAGCUGUCUCCAAAGGCAAAAGUGGUGAAGAACUCCACAGUGAGGCGCAAGAAGAGGCCGCUUCCCCACAUGCGCAGCCAGCAUCUGGAUGAGGCCCUCAGCCCCGUUACCACGCCGACAGAUGAAGAAGUGAUCCAGAGGAUCAAACACGUGGCCGGCUCCACGCAAACGAGACACCAGAGUCCAGAACACCUGCCCGGAGGCUUCGCUCUGUACAGCGUCUCCAAACUGCUGCUCAUCAUCAGCUUUGUGAUCUGUCUCAGCCUGGUCCUGCUUGUGUUCCUCAACAUGAUGCUUUUCUACAAACUGUGGAUGCUGGAGUACUCUGCGCAGUCCUUAACAACCUGGCAAGGUCUGCGGUUUCAUGAAAGUAAACUGCCUCAGACGCAGAUGGAGUGGGCCCAACUCCUGGAGGCACAGCAGCGGUACCACGAUGCUGAGCUGCAAAAGUGGAGGGAGAUUAUCAAGUCAUCCGUAGUGCUGCUGGACCAGAUGAAAGACUCUUUAUUGAACCUCCAGAGAGGCAUUGGUUUAAGGGACUACACCUCUGAAACUGAGGAGAAGCGGAGUCGCUAUCACUGACACACUACCAUCAGGCCAUGAGGGCAUGCUGUGCAAUACGGGACCUGUUUUCUUUUUGAACCAGUAUGCCGUCAGCGGGGGGUGGUGGGACCAAUAGUGAGCGGAUCCAUGGACAUAAAGAGAGGAACAGUCAUCUCUAGCAUACGGAAGUUAAAACCACCCCCAGAGGACGAAACCACGGACAGAAAGGGUCACGAUCACACACAGGAAUCGAGGUAUCCCCAACUAGAGGAGGUGCAAGACUUGCUUCCUCUAAACACCUUGGGGAUAACCGUUUCCUUCUACUCUCUUUAUUUCCAAGUGCAUCCUACUGUAAGCCAUGUGAGCCAGGAGCGUGGCGGAGAGAGCGAAGGAAAACUACUGCAUGCAUUUAGACAACCUAUCUCCCCUCAGUCAGUGUUAAUGUGGUCCAGUUCCAGUCUAUGUGUGUCUGAAAAAAGAACAGAAGAAGAGGAGAGAUUGAGUCAAAGAAAAGGGGAGGGGGAUCCUUUUGAGUCUUAAUGGCUUUCUACACUCUCCGACUGUUCCAAAUCAAUCGUACCCUAGAGGUCCUCGCUGCAGCGUCCCUUCAGUAAACCUCCAGGUGAUCAGAGGACAGGUUCACUCCACGAGAAAAGACGUAUUGUAGCUGGGAGAUCAGCUUCACUGAUCAGCCCUUAUUGCCUUGUUUGAGCCUGGACUGUGUGGUUUCUGUCCGGGCUGGUUCCCUGACAUACCGAUGAGUAGAGCGUAAGAUUGAUAAGAUGCGAUUCGCAGGCUCGGUUUCUCCUGUCACAGUGUUACCUACCUUAUGUCGCAUUAUUUCUCAUCCUUCUGAUGAAGUCGAAUGUAUUAGUCUGGGGGAAAAAAAGAAAAAAAAAAGGCUGGACUUUGAUCACAACUUGAUAAACUUUGAAACGGGGACGCUGCAGCUAGACCGACCAGUAGGGAGUCCUGUGUUCUUACAUGUUUUAUUACUAAACUGUGAUUAUAUCUCUUUGAAAAUGUUUCAGAUUGGAAAGAGGUCAUGAAUAUAUUUGAAAUAUAUAAGAAUAUUUCAUUAUUUAAUAAUAUAUAUAUAUAUAUAUUUCAAAAUAUAUAAAAAACAUUACCUAUAUUUAUUGUUAAUUUAUGUACAUACAGAAAUGAUCAGAGCUCUAGACCAGUUAAAGAAUUUCUAACAAAAAGUGUUUUCUUCUAAAGAUGCAUGCCAGAUAUGUCUGUGACAUGUCCAGUGUGCAAGUAUGAUUCUUCAUUCGCGCGAUUAUGUUCGCGCACCUGAGCGUGUAUACGUGUACGUGUGUGUGUGUGAUUAUGUGUGCACAAGUGUGUGUGCAGGAAUUUUUACCAUUCCACAUGUCAAUGUUUCUUUUCUGGCUCUUCCAGCUGGACUGCCUUUUUUUUCUUUUUUUUUUAAUGCUGAUGUGUUUGGAUGCUGCCUUGCAUUAGUCCCACCAGGGUGCACCUGCACAUUUGAAGAGUUUUGUUCCAAAAUGAUGUAUCAGACAGCUGGAAACAGCCACGAUCGAUUGGUUAGGUAGUGUCACAUGCACAUUUGGCUAAGAAGCUAAACGAUGCCUGGCUCGACCGCAGGAGGAAACAGCAUCUGUUUAAACCUUUGAGGUUGUGUCAGUAAGAGCAUCUCGCUUAAAAUCAAAAAUAACUGGAGCUACCUUUCUAAAUAAGGGCAGGAAAAAAAAACUUAAAAUAAAUUUUUUGCAGAUUGCAAAAAUGAAAUGGAUACAUGCUAUUUUGGAAAUAAACCCUUCGUGCACCCUGUGAGCAACUCUUCUGUUCGGUUCACCACUUUAGCGGCCGCUGUUUGCUAAACAGGAAGAGGUUUUGGCAUUUUAGGAAAUCUGCACAUUUGCUGUCUUUUCGUAAGGUUGGAUGAUAUGAUUGGAUGCUACUGUCACAUGUGUAAAAGCAAGCAAGUAAAUAAGAAACAAAGAGAAAUUAAGCCUGACAGUUUUUGUUCAUUCUUUGUAAGUUUAGAUCUACCUUCAUAUUUGGCAUCGUGGUAGGAUCUUUUCAUCUUACUCUCAGUAAAAAAAAAAAUUAAAAAGUGAGAGCAUAAGCACAUUCCUCAAAAUCGAAACCUCUUCCUUUAAAAAUACCUGCGUUAACUCAAAAUGUACUCUACCUUUCCCCAUUUCAAGUGUCUGUCUUGGAUGCAGUGAAAGCAUGAGAAUUAACUUUAUGCAACUAAAUUGAACCAAAAGAAAGUAGAAAUGUACUUUCACAGAGGACGUAUUGUUUUAAAUUAAGUAUUUAUCAUGUAUGUCAUAUAUAUAUAUCUAUAUAUAUAGAUAUAUAUAUAUACAUAUACACACACGCACACAGGUGUUAGUAUGGUGGUUUACUCAUUCACCUAAUGUGAUCCCCAGGUUUGAUCCCAGAAUGAUGCACAAAUCCCUAUUUGGGGUUGCAUCAGGAACGGCACCCGGUGUAAAAAAAUAAAUAAAUAAAAUUUAUCUGCUGAAUCAAACACACGGAGCUGCCCGCUAUGGCAACCCCUUGUGAAUAAGGGAGCAGCUGAAAGCAGCUAUAUAAAAAGCAGUGUUACGUUUGCUGAGGCCUCGCCCCGAACUUAGCCUGGCACACCUUCUCGUCCAUUUUCUGGAGCAAAGAUGGGAUGAGCGAUCAGUAUGAGGGCAAGCAGAUAACUUUACUGUGGCGUGUUAUCGACCGACAUAUUGAGCGCGUUCCAUUUGAAGAAGGCACAGUGACGAUAACACACAGAAACCUUAAGACGUGAAUGUGAGUGGUUUUGAGAUGUUUUCUGUUUUAUAGAAAUCACCUUCACAAUCCCGAAGGCACUGAACGAUUAUAGUGAAGUUAUGCUUUGUGUGUAUGACGGUGCGAAUACAUGGAAAUGUAACUGAAAUGCUUUAAGAGUUUGUUUUCAAGUGUAGUGAGUAGAUUUUUUUCUUCUUCUUCGUUUUCAGAUGCUUCUGUAGUAAAUGCUUGAUUGAGAUGGUUUCACUGACACGUUUUCACCGUCACGGCUGAGUGAAGCAGUUAAUGUCACCUCAGUCCAAGUCAGACGCUCGAUCGGACUUUUGAGGAAGCUGUUGCAACAGCAAACUAAAGUUUUAUUUCACAAAUCUGAGCAGUUAUGCAAAUUUACUUCUUGUUUUUCUUUUUCUUCAGAACUCUGUUUCUCAUUUUUACCAGCAAAUUAAACAAAUUAUGUUUCAUUCUAUAGCAAUCAACACUUACUUCUUUUUUUUCUGUCCAUUUGCUUUCACUCUUUCUCUCCUAGCAUGCACUCACGCAGUUAAUCUGUGUUAAUCGAAUGAUUGUAUGGUUGCUAUCGCUGCACAACUGUGGAACCAAGGUGAUCCGGGAGAUUUUGUCACUGACAGCAGAUGGAGUUUCUGUACGUGCUUUGUUAACUGUAUCCAUUGGGCAUUUGCCUAGAGGCAACAGAGCUACCCUUGCAACACAGUGCUGACUAACAGCCUUGGUUAACACACAGUAGGAAUCACACGCAACCUCCUGAAAACGACCACUGAUUAAAACUCAUGCUCUUCUUCGAGUGUGUCUUGAUAAAACAUGUACUGUGUAGUUCUGUUCAAAGAGAAUUCUGCUGUAUGUUUUUUUAAAGGUUUUGAUCUCUAGACUUUUAGUGAAAUUUCUACAUGAGAUGAAUAUGCUGUAUGUAUAUGUUGUGUAUAUCUGCAGUGUGCACACACGCACACUGUCAAAAGAAUCCGACCUGCGCUGCGCGUAGGUUUUGACUUGCUGAUGACUUUUGCCUCAUAGAGACGGGAGAUAAAAGUGGCUUUCUGGUUCAUGUGAAGUAGAGGUUGGAAGUUUGAAUAAAGAAAAAUACUAA